AUGUUUCUCGUGCCUUCGACCGUCCUUGGGCAGUUCUGGCAGAACACACAAGGCAAUAGCUUUCCGGACUAUGGUAAUUAUCCUCAGUACCAGGGGACAAGUGCCAGUGACUCCAUGUAUGGAGGUCAACAAAAUGGCCAGCAAAGUCAAGGUCAAGGACAAACAUCGAACAUUGAUAUUGAUGUCGAUGAUGACAUGGAUCCAGAAGAUGUAGCCUUUUUCAAGGAUUAUCUUCAAAUAUGGGAAUACGUGGAGGGUGCAGAAAGUCCUGAGGAACUCCGAGAAGCCGUGAUGCGUCUUCAGAGAAUGGCUGGGGUUGAACCAACAGGAAUCCUCAACAAUCAAACUCUAGCCAGGAUCAAAAAUGCAGAGAGAUGCGGCAACAAGGAUAAGAAGAUCUCUACUGAUGAGAUGAGGAAGAGGAGAUACGCAAUACAACAUGGAUGGUCAAAAAAAAAGCUAACAUGGGCAAUAAAGAAUUAUACACCCGACGUUGCGAAAGCGACAACUAUUCGUGUCCUCACUUCUGCGUUUCAAGUUUGGGGUGACGUCGCGAGACUCGAUUUCGCCCCAACCAGGUUUCCAAAAGCUGAUAUUAUCGUCUUGUUUGCCAGAGCUAAUCAUGGGGACGGUUAUGCCUUUGACGGUCCCGGAGGUACCCUAGCCCAUGCCUACUUCCCUGGUGAAGGUAUUGGAGGCGACGUCCAUUUCGAUGAGGAUGAGACUUUCAGCGACAAAACAAGACAGGGUACCAAUUUGUUCAUUGUAGCAGCGCAUGAAAUAGGGCACAGUCUUGGGUUAGCACACUCUGAAGUCAGUAAAUCGCUGAUGGCGCCCUACUACCAAGGAUUUCAACCAAAUUUCAGACUCAAUACUGAUGACGUCAGAGGAAUCCAAAGUCUGUAUGGUGCCCGUUCAACCCCUCCCAACAGACCGCGCCCACCAGGCGGUCCAACGGUACCUGAUAACGGACCAAGAGACAGGAGGGUUUGCAACGCACAGAUUUCUGCGGUGACCUUUGGACAAGUUGUUGGUCAUCAAGUUCCUUCACUUUUCAUUUUCAGUGGAGAACAAUUCUGGAUUAAGAAAGGUAACGAACCGGUAUCAAAUGCUCUUCAAACCGAAGCAAUAUUCACAGAAAUGCAAUCUAUUCCGGAUGCAGCCUUUAUUAGGAACUUCAGAGGACAAAGAAGAAUGAUCUUUUUCUCUGGUACCGAAAUAUGGGAAUUCUCACAGGGAGCGUACCAACCUCGUGAUAUACGGGAACGAACAGGAAUCCGGACUAACGGUAUUGACGCAGCAUUCAAAUGGGCAAGAAAUAAUCGAAUUUACGUCUUCUACAGAGGAUUGUAUUGGCGACUGAAUGAGCAAACACUGCGGGCUGAUCGAGGAUACCCACGACCUAUCAAGGAUAACUGGAGGGGUAGAAGUGGACCAUUCGAUGCCGCCUGGACCGAAGGAAAAGGUGGAGUGAGUCAUUUCCUCAUCAACAAACAAGUUAGCACGUUCAAAGAUAAUGAAGUCUUUUUCGUCGCUGAAACACGCAGCUUUGCUUCUGAUUGGCUUAUUUGUGGACAAAACAUAGGGUCGGGUGUGGACGGACCAAUCAGAAUCUCUGGAAUACUUCUCAUUGUUUCAUUCCUAAUGACAAUAAAACGAGUGUUAUGAUUAGACCAAUCACCUGCUGUAUCAUAUCAUUUGAAAUAUCUAUAAAACAAAAUGUGAAAGUUUAUUUUUUACCUGCAUUUGCCUUUGGUCUUUCACGUAGUUAUCAAGAAGAAUUUAGUUAUACACUGCUAUUGAGUGAACGAAUCGACAAAUCUUAUUGAAUGAUGUUGAUUCUUCUUGAUUCUGCAUAUGAUUGCAUUUGCAGGAAGUUUAUUGGCAUGAUCAUAAUGAUUGACAUUAAGGGUGUCGAUCAUAGGGGGAUGGGAAUAUAUCCUCCCUCCCAACAUUUCAUGUUUAAGGAUGGCUUAUAUUAUAAUCCCACAAUAAGUUAACGUCUUACAUCAUAAUAUUUAUGAUGAAUCAUAUGAUAAGCAUGAUAAUGAUAAGGAAGUAGUAAAAGAUAAUUAUGAUCAUGAAGAUGGUAAAAUUUUAUUGAUUGUCGUGUGUACCUUUUUCAUCUAUGAAUUUUAUCAUGUUUAUUGUCAUUGAAUGAAACCAUUCCUUUCAGAAAUUGUUAGAAACAGAUGAGUGAAGAAAGAUUUUUUUUAAUCCAGGAUAAAAUAAAAUAACUAGCUUAAUAUGUUUAUACUUUUAUAUAUGGCAUUUUCAUUUUUUUUUAUUUACCCCUUCCCGCAAGGGCCCUGGGAACGAUUUUUGAAGAUGGGUCGCUGGUUUGGGAAAAUAAUGACAAGCAAAAGAAAAGUUUUGUUUUUGUUCGAAAAUGAAGGUGAUUUUGGUCAAAGAAUUUUAUUUUAACAUACCAACCUGAUUUCAGUGGGUGUGUUGUAUAACAUACACAGCACGCCCGCUUCCGAACGCCAUGCUCUCCGCGACCAAGCGCUUAGGGUCUCGUAUAUUUUACAACGCUUUUCAAUGUAACUUCGCAUAUGUUAGUAUUCUUGAUCCAGUUGUAUGACGUAAAAUAAGUGGAGAACAUACAAAAGAGUGAUGAAAUUAAAAAGAGUGUAUAAAAGGGAUAUAAUCAUGAAAAAUUGAAAAAGAGUCUUCAAAUGGCUCAUUUUGAAAUAUGCCAUGUCUGACCCACUAAACAUUAGAUUCGAAAUUUGUUAUAAUCAUCCCUCCCCCAACCAUGAACACCGAUCGACACCCAUGAUUGACAAGAUAGGCGGAAACAUUAGAAAUGAAGAAAUAAACAUGACAAGACUUGGGGCUUAUAAAAAAAAUAUUUAAAAAGAAAUCUCGUAUUUCAUCAUUCAAGAUAGUGUCCUAUUUUUUUUUUUCAUGUUUGGUAUAAUUUUUCAUAUAAACGCCCUCCCUUCACCUUGCUUUAUUCAUCUGUCUGUAUGUCUCUCCCUCUCGCUAUCUCUCUCACACACCCACUCCUCACACACAAACACACACACUCAUACACUCUCUCUUCGCUCACUUUCUUCCCAUCACCUCUUUCUCCCUCUCUCCUCUCUAACUGCCCAUCUUUAUUAGCAUGCACCCAGGUGCCUCAGCAUAUUUCUUUUUGAAGCGUUGUCAAUUUUAUAUCGAUCGAGGUAUUAAUCUGAUAAAUAUGUCCUUACCGCCACUAUGAUAACAAUUAUAGAACUUUCUUCUUAUCCCCUCCUUUCAAUUGAAAUGUACAUAUUUAGAUUUUGAACAUUUAUCUCUUUCCAAGAACAAAAAUCUGAAAGCAAUACACAAGUAUUUAUAAAUUUGAUUGCAAAUUUACUUUAAAACUCUUUUGUCGACUUCCUUUUAUCCGUAUGUUUGUGAAAUAAAUAUGUAUACUUUUAUCAAACGAGAAAUAAACGCAUCUGUAUGUAUAUCAUGUAAAAGUA